GUGCCGGGAUUUCACGCAAGCGUCGAGCUACGUUCGGCUCAAGAAAAACAGUCAUUAUUUGAAAGGGAGAAAACAUCCAAGAAUUUUGAAAUUUGAAAGAAAAGGGCGCGAUCCAGGUCCACAGCAGCCAUGCAAGUGCUGUGCGCCGUUGGCGCCGUCGCCCUGGUGUGCCUGGCGCUGCUCCAGGCCGCCCAGGUGGAGUCCGCCAGUGUGUCCGGCCAGCGGCAGCUUCUCAAGGGGUCGCUGGUCGGGCGGCGCCGCCUGCCCCCGCCGCCCCCGCGCCGCGGCAACAGGCUCGGCGACGACGCCGUGACGACGCACUGGUACCCCACCCAGCUGCUGGACCACUACGACGUCACCAACGACGCCCGCUGGAGCCAGCGCUACUUCGCCAACCCCAGCCUCUACGAGGAGGGCGGCCCCAUCUUCAUCUUCAUCGAGGGCGAAGGUGAGGCCCAGUCGGGCUGGAUCGCCGAAGGUGGCAGCUUCAUGUACUCGCUGGCCGAGGAGUUGAAGGCCAAGAUGUACGUGCUGGAGCACCGGUACUUUGGCAAGAGCAGGCCCUUCCCGAACAUCACGACCGAGAACCUGCUGUGGCUCACCCCCGACCAGGCCAUCGCCGACCUGGCGCGGUUCAUCGAGUACCUCAUCGACCAGGGCGAGAUGAAGGAGGGCCAGAAGGUGGCCGUGUUCGGCGGCUCCUACCCGGGCAACCUGGCCGCCUGGUCCCGAUACAAGUUCCCCCACCUCAUCAACGCCGCCGUCGCCUCCAGCGCCCCCGUCCGCGCCAAGCUCAACUUCCCCGAAUACAUGGAGGUGGUGACCCGGUCCAUCCGCAGCGUGGACGGCGACGAGUGCGCCGACAACGUGCAGAGGGGACUCGAGCGGCUGAGGAAGCUGGCCAUGACCACGGACGGCCUCAAGCAGAUCCAGAAGUGGUUCUACAUGUGCGAUCCCCUGGACACGAGCAACAAGCUGGACAUGGACAUGUUCUUCAACAUCCUGUCCAACCCGUUCGCCACGGCGACGCAGUACAACCGCGACAACAGUGGGGCUAAGUACAGCAUCAAGUCCCAGUGCAAAUACAUGAAGGACAAGAAGACGGACGACGACGCCGCGGCCGCGCUCGCCGACGUGUUCGUGGCCAGCCAGUACUUCAUCAUCGGCUGCAUCGACUGGACCUACAAGGCCAACACCGAGAGCUUGAGGUCCAUCGAGUACAAGGGCGCAGACCGCCAGUGGGUGUACAUGACGUGCACCAGCUUCGGCUACUACCAGACGCCGGACGGUGACACCAUCUUCCCCAAGGGAUACUUCGGCCUCGACUACUUCCUUCAGCAGUGCACGGACGCCUUCGGCGAGAACUUCGCCGAAAAGCUGAACCAGAAGGGCGUGACGCGCACCAACGUCGUCUACGGCGCCCUCAAGCCCGACGUGGAGCACGUCAUGUUCGUCAACGGCGAGAUCGACCCCUGGCACGCGCUGGGCGUCGUGGAGCCCCUCAACGCCGAGUCCCCCGCCGUGCUCAUCUCCACUACCUCCCACUGCUACGACAUGUACCCCAACCAGUACGCGGACAGCGACGAGCUGAGGCAAGCCCGGGAGCGCAUCCGCGAGUUCCUCAUCGACGCCCUGUACGAGAGCCCCGACAGCGACAACCCCACCAUCAGCCCCUGACCGCGCAGACCGCGCAGUGCGCGCAGCAAGAAACAAAAGCCAAACCCCCAAUUCCGAGACAAGAGACUGUCGCUGCCGAGGCAGCAUGUAUUCAUCGCAAAAAUGUCACAAGUGUGCAACAUCUGAAUAAAAACAAGCUCACUCACACUA